AUGGCAGAGCUUGAACGUGUGUUGCUACCGCGACCAAGAAAUGACCAGUCCAUGCGCCAAAAUGUAUACGUACUGUAUGGUGUUGGCGGGAUAGGCAAGACACAAUUAGCGGUGGAGUUUACAUGGCGACACCACCGCCGGUUUAGCUCAGUGUUCUGGCUGGACGGACGCAGCGAGGAUAUCCUCAAGCGCAGCAUUGCAAGCUGCGUGGGCAGAAUUCCUCAAGAUCAAAUCCCUGAGACAAUCAAGAGGUAUGCAACAGACAGCAACGUUGAUAUCGAUGCAGUAGUGAAGGAGGUUAUGACCUGGCUUGCUCAGCCUAAUAACACCACCUGGCUUCUUAUAUUUGAUAACGUCGACCGAGAGUACACGGCACCAGGAGUUGACCCUCAUUCGUACGAUGUGAGGCGCUACCUGCCAGGUGCAGACCAUGGGUCGGUGCUAGUGACGACUCGACAAGCAGGGCUGGGGCAGCUGGGCGAGUCGCAGCAGCUAGGCAAAGUCUCCGCAGAACAGGGGCAGGCUAUAUUAGAGAGUUGGUAUAAGAGGAAGCAUGACACAAACCAGAGCGCGCUGCUAGUAAUGUGGCUAGAUGGUUUACCACUCGCCAUUGCGCAGGCAGGCGCGUACCUGCAAGAGAGCGAAGUAGAACUGGGGGAAUAUCUAUGGCUCUACGACCAAAAAUGGGGCGAGGUAAACAAUCUAGUUGACGUGCCGCUCCGUAACGGCUCAGAGUGCAUCGUAUGGACGACAUCGGCCAUCUCGUACGAGACAAUCCACGACAGGCACAAAGCCACAGCUAACCUGCUGCUACUAUGGUCUUUCAUGGAUAACAAAGAUUUAUGGCAUGGCUUACUUGCAGCGGCAUGUAACAGGUCUAUUGUAGCUGCUGCGAUGUUGUCAAGGUGGGUGGGAGACAUUGCGAGUAGCGAGGUCGAGUUCAACGUAGCUAUGCAACGACUAUCCAGCUACUCGCUAGUUGAUGAAGUGACAGAGAUCACAGGAACGAAAGGCUUCACAACACAUCAGUUGGUGCAACAGUGGGCGUAUCACUCGCAAAACGAAGUCGCAAAAGAGCUGAGUCAACUAGCAGUAGUUGCUGUUGGUUGGGCUGUGCCGGAAAGUUCUACUGGAGACUACAAUACACUGCAACACCGACUUCUUCCACACGCAAAAGUGUGCUUUGGAUACAUGGUCCAUAGCCGGGAAGAUUGGUAUAUAGAACUUCGGAGAGGCAGUCAUGGAGACAUUGAUGCGGAUGCAGAGCGUGAGGCAAUACUUGUUGCUUUACAUCACAUACGCCUUUUCUACACCAACCAAGACAAUGCGGGCGCGGCAAAGCAGAUGUACAAGCCCCAAAACGAACCGCACCAUAAGCAACUACUUCACUCCAUCCGGAGAGACUCCACGCCUCUGGAAAAUCCGUUCUCGAAAAGCAACAUGGACGAUGACGACUUGAUUUGGAUUGAUACUCUAUCGGGCGAUGUAGCCUACCGGCCCCCAUAUGAAGCGUCUGCGACGCGUCAUUCGUUCGGCAGCAGCUCCAAUGCACCCCGGGCAGGACAUGUACAACUUACCAAAGCGAAAAAACCUAGCAGAGUGAAACAACUCAGUAUCGAGGAGUGGCCCCCCAUAAACUCAGGCAGACACAUAUCGAGCAACCAGCCAUGGCCACGGCGUCACUGA